AUGGAUCCAGUGUCUACUUCUAAUUCAAUGAAGACCAGCAAAACCAACCCUUCCGUUCACGUCAUAUUUAGAAAAAUUGAAGAAUGCUACCCUGUGCAUUCUGAUAUAUUUAUUAAUUACAGCAUCUCGGGUGCACACGAAAUUACUAAGAAUGAUUGGAUUGGUCUCUACAGAGUAGGAUGGAGAUCCCAUAAGGAAUAUAUAUACUAUGACUGGUCUCCAUACCCAUCCAACUACGUUAAAGAUAUGAGCGUAGAAAAUUCAGUUAUUUUCCCUGGAAACAAGAUGCCAGGUGAGGAUGAAGAGUUCUACCAGUUCUGUUAUGUGACGUCAAGUGGGCAAGUGAAAGGUGCCAGUACACCUUUUCAGUUUAAAUCUGCUUUCACUGAUGAUUUGAUUGAGGUGGAAGAUGAAAAUGAUGAUGUGAUGAUUGUCAAGACGAGGACGUCAGUUUUGGAGGAACGUUUAGAGAAGGCCAACAAUGAUCAACUCCUUACAAAACAGAAGUUGCACUUGCUUGAGAAGGAGCUUGAUCACAUGUACUUGCUCGAUCGUGAUGCACAGAAGAAAUUGCAAGAAUUUGAAAAAGCUGAGAAGGAGUUGACUUCUGCUCUUGAGGAAAGGAAUGAGGGCUUGGCAGAACAAAAACAACAAAAUGCCCAUCUUACUGACUGCAUCGGGGCUCUCAAAGAGAAAUUGGAAGUACUCAAACAGGAGAAACUUUCAAUUGAGAAAAGACUGGAUGAGAGUGACACCUAUAUUGCGAGUUUACAGGACAAAAUAAAAAAUUUGGUGAUUGAGAAAGAUUGUCUGAAUGGCAAGAUCAAGAAUUUGGAGGAGGACAAUGCAGUUCUGAAAGAAUUUCUGAAGGAUUUCGACCAUGUGAGAAGUACCCUGGUUGAAGAAGAAACAAACAAUUUGAAAUUGAAAGGUGACCUUGAGGUGGCGGGAACUGAGAUUUUAAAAUUGAAACAACUUUUGGAGCAGCAGGCAAUUGUCAAUAAAGAGGAAAAGCUAACACAGGCCUUGUUAGCUGAUCGUCUGCAGAACAUGGAGAAUAAGCUGGAUGCAGCAGACAACUGCAAAAAAAUGUUGAAUGAGGAAGUACUUCUUCUAAGGCAGAUGCAAGAAAAAGCUGUUGAGGCUUAUGACGUAGUGAAGGCAGAGAAUGAAGGAAUAAAAAUCAAAUUGAAUGAAUUAGGGAAAGAUAAAGAGAAAUGGUCUGAAGAUUUGGAGAUUGUAAUGAAAGAGAAAGAAAGUCUAAAGAAACACGUUGCCGACCAAAAUGAAGAAAUAGACAGGCUGACCCAACAAGUUAGUUCCAUGAAAGAUGGAAUUGACCAACAAGCAAAAGCAGAGAAUUGUGGUGCAAAUGACGAUAUUGCAUUGUUUGCACUGAAUUUGGCACACAAAUCCCUUAAAGAACGUUACUCUGAGUUAUCAAAGAAGUUUGAAGAAUGCAAACAAACGAUGAAUGUGCUGAAGAUUGAAAAUGAGGCCCUCAAAACCUCACAAUCCUUCAACGAUAAAGAAAUAUCAAGUUUGAGGGAGAGGCUGAUGCUGUGUCGAGAUACGUACAAAGAGAAGUACGUCGAGUGUGAACUGCUGGAAAAGAAACUCUCAUCCUUAAAUGGACCAUUGAAACAACAUAGAUAUUUAUCGGAAGAGCUUGUGAACAAACCAUAUUUUGAAGAAUUUGAAAACUUGGACGAGUCCGUGAAUGACAUGAAAUGUGAAUUGCUAGCAAGCAAACUGAAAAAGUACAAGGGACUAUUCUGGAAUGAGCACAAGAAAUUCAAAAUGUUACAAGUUCUUUUGAAAGAAAAGGAAGAAGAAUGCGCUAAACUGAAAGAUAAUGCUGAGCAGGUUGCAGUUAAAGUUCAAGGGGAUAUGCAGCUGGUUGAAAAAUCUCAACACAAUAGCAACCAAUCAUAUUCCUUCAAAGCAAACAACUGUGACAUGACAAUAAUCGAUAUGGACGUCAUUCCAAACAGUGCAGGUUGUGUAAUGGAUAAGGUAGCUACCGACGCAGCUAGUGUAGUGGAUGAGGAAGCUACUAGCGUAGGUAGUGUAGAGGAUGAAGUCGUUACACUGCGCUGUCCAAUCUGCGAUAAGUUGUUCGACAGUUCCAACAAGGAUUAUUUGGUUGAUCACGUGGAUACUCAUCUGUCCGGUGGCUACGACUGUCCCCUUUGUCAGGAGCAUUUUGAUGAGCACAUUGGCAGGGAUCGUUACAUGGAACACGUGAAAGCGCACUUUGAAUGAAUUUUGUUUACAUGUUGAUUACCUUCGUUCGUACUGUUUUAAUAUCUCUUCUAAUUUAUGCUAUAUUUCAAUGUUUAAUUAAUGCAUUUUAUGACCCAUCGGAUCAACUUGAAAUAAAAUAGGUUUUACUUGUUAAAUUUCAAAUCAAACUCGUUACGAAAGUUUUAACAAUGUCUUUAUUUAUUUUUCCAUUGAUAACUUUACAGUUAGGUAUGGUUAACUUAUGUCCUAUUUUGGUUUCAGUUUAGAAAUGUUACUUUAUUCUUACAGACGUUUAAACUGACUUGUGUUUUGGCUAAUUUUAUCGGCGAUAAUGUACAACGCUUAACUGAUUCACACAUGCAUUCUUAACUGUAGUUGAUUUGAUGUAAAACAAAACUUUUUA